GAAGUUUUCACAAGCACAGCGAAAACAUCGUACUUCCCCGAGAGAGACAAAGUCAAUUUAGUUAUCGGUUGGUUGUUCACUGUUGAAGAACUCCCAAAGUCAAACAAAGCGAAAAUAUCAACAUGAGGUUGCAAAGGUGUUGCUGUUUUACCCUUCAAAGAGGAACAAUAAUUAUUGGUUGGUAUGGAGCUGUAGCCUCCGUUCUGGGACUUAUCCUGUCCAUUGUGGCACUCUUCAAGGAAGAUGAGAUUGUGGAUAAAAUUGCAGAAAAUCAACCACAGGAUAAGCCAAUUGACAAGGAAAUGAUAAGAAAGGCUCUGGAAAUCAUUGUGGGCAUUGUCAUUGUUUCCUGCGUUAUUGGACUCAUUGUGACGGCUCUCGUGAUUGUUGGGGCCAAGAGACGUCGCCCAGGACUGCUUCUACCCUGGAUCGUCAUUGGAGCGAUCAAGCUUAUUCUUGGCAUGACCUACAGCACGUCUCAGAUUUACAAUACCUUUUCUCAGGGCGUUGGAAUUGUUAUCCUGAACAUUCUCAUUGUCGUCUUGUCCUACGGAAUUACCAUCUACCUGUGGCUCGUCGUCUACUCCUUCUACAAGGAGCUACGACAGGAGAUUCUAGGAGAAGCUACAGCUUUAAUUUCAAACUCCCCACGAUCCGGUGGUGAUGGACUACCAAAUUAUACGCGUAUUGCUUAAGAAAACAAAAUGAAUUUUCUUCUUACAAUUUUAUUCACUACCUUUUAUUACUUAUACUUAAAUUAAAUUAUAGAAAUAAAACUUUAUAAACUCUGUUAGAGUGUGUGCAAAAUAUUAAAUGAAAUCUGACCGUUUUCAUUCAUUUUAAAGACUCCUUAAAGGAAUUUAAUUAAAUUAAAAUAAUAUAUAUAAAGCGA